AUGCUGGAACCUAGAAAAAUUGCGCAUAAUGCUGGCAAAUCUACACCUCCAGUCCAGGGGAUCCAAGAUCCGCUGGAUCCUUUUCAGGGUCUCUCUUUUCUGGUGGGGGUGGCUGAGAACAAAAACAGCAAAUACCGAGCCAAGAUGGAAGACGUGCACACAUAUGUGGCCAAUUUUGCUGAAAGACUAGAUUGGGGCUAUUUUGCCAUUUUCGAUGGCCAUGCGGGAAAGCUGACUGCCCGCUGGUGCGGCAAUCAUUUGCAUGGGCUUUUAGAGCAAGAGAUUCUGGAGAAAGAAGCCGGGUCGGAGUCCUCUGACGCAACGCCGUCGGGACUCUACGAUAUGAAGCAGCUCUUGUGCGAUGUCUUUGUCAAGGCGGAUGAAAUCAUAGAUAAAGACGGCUCGGGAUCAUCUGGAAGUACCGCGGCAGUUGCCAUCUUGCGAUGGGAAACUGCGGAUCUGAGCGAAGAUGAUGACGUGCCUCUGGGCAACGUAGAACGCAGGAAAACUGAGUCGGAAUCGCAAUUUGACUUCGUCCCCACGAAAGACCACAGACGGAUGCUUUAUACGUCCAAUGUCGGCGACCUGCGCAUCGUUCUAUGUCGUGGGGGGAAACUGUAUCGGCUAUCCUACGACCAUAAGGCGUCUGAUCCAAAUGAAAUACAGAGGGUGCGAGACGAAGGUGGCUUGAUUGUGAAGAAUAGAGUCAACGGCGUGCUUGCAAUUACACGGUCUUUGGGCGACUCGUAUGUCAAAAAUUUGGUCACCGGGCGGCCCUUCACCACUGUCACAGAAAUCACAAACGAAGACGAGUUCCUAAUAUUGGCAUGCGACGGUGUGUGGGAUGUCAUGUCUGACCAGCAAGCAUGUCGUUUUGUCCAGGACUUUUUCAACUCUCAGAGGAUUGAAAAACAACCGUAUGAUCCAUCAUUGGCGGCCAAAAAACUUUGUGAUCUCGCUAUCGAGAAGGCUACAACAGACAACAUCACAGUCAUGGUAGUGAAACUCGAUGCUAAUGUUUUUGUUUGA